GCGGCUGAGUAUUACUUCGAAAAUAAUGAGAUUCUAGUAAUACUGCCUUUAAAAUGAGGCAAUUGAAAUUAUUGAAAGACCAAACAGGUGUAAACAGGAACGGUGUAUGACAACAUUAAUAUAUCAGCUUAUUUAAAAGCGAAUAAGAAACUCAACAUAAAUACAUUGAUUAAAAUAAAUAUAUAAACAUAUAUUCAUUUACUCGUUUAUGUAAAGAGACAUUAUUAUUAUAGUCACACUUGGUGCUGUUUCAAGCAGAUCUUAUUAACAUUACGCUAAAAAAAUGCAAUUAUUUCAAAUACUUACUGCCAACAAGAUUCAACCACAUCGAAAUGAAACGAAGUAAUAAAUGUCGUGACAAUUAGAAAAAUAGAUGGUUAUGAACGAACGUCAUUCAAUAUAGAUCAUCCUGUUAAUUAUUUUAUGAAAUGCGAAUUCAAGAAAUUUUAAACUUCAAGUAUGUUUUUUUGCUACUUAUGUUAUUUGAAUAUAUUACUCAAGGUUUCGGCUUAGAAGUAAUUUAUGCAAUUAAUGCUGGUGGCGAGACAUUCACCGAUAGUUUUGGGAUCAAAUAUAUGCGGGAUCCGUUGAUGGGAAAAGUUGGAACUGCUUCAGACUAUGGAAAACAAUUAAUUAUUGGCCGCAUAAGUCCUGCAGAUCAAACUUUGUAUCAAACCGAGCGAUAUCAUCAUUCUACUUUUGGCUACGAUAUUCCUAUUAAUGAAGAUGGCAAAUAUGUAAUGAUACUAAAAUUUUGUGAAGUCUAUUUUAACUCACCAAAUAUGAAAGUAUUUGAUGUUGUACUAAAUGGCGAUCACACUGUUGUUACUGAUUUAGAUAUUUUUGAAAAAGUUGGAAGAGGUGUUGCUUAUAAUGAGUACAUUCCUUUUACAAUUCAAAAAGGCAAAUUGAUAUAUAAUGAUGAGGAAUGUGAUAUUCUUGGUGGAAAAAUUCGGGUUGAAUUUAUUAAGGGUUAUCGAGAUAAUCCUAAGAUAAAUGCUAUAGCUGUAAUCAAAGGUGUUUUGGAUGAUGUUCCAAAAUUAGGCCCAAUACCUCCUGAACCUGAAGAAUACCAUGGCGUACAAGAAGGUGAAGAAGAAUCACCUAUAAAAGCUAGGCAUCCAAGUGGUCCACGCACGCCGGAUCCAUAUUCUAUUGAUGAUUCUUCAAUUAUGCUACCUGUCUUCGUUGCUAUUGGAGCAUUUAUUCCUCUUUUAUUUUGUUUAUGUAAACUUUAAGUAUUGUGUAAUUAAUAUGUUAGAAAAAAUGAGGCUAUAGUAAAGAAAAAGUUUACAUGCUUAGUUAUGGAACGUUUUCAUCACAAUUUUAUUCACAUGCAAUUUUUGAAGACGUAUUAUAAAAAUAUUAUUUUUUAUAUCUAUAAAUGCUUUGAGUAGAAGGUGAAAUGGUAGAGGCAGUAUAUAGAAAUCAUUUGAGUCAUGGUUGAAAAAACAAAAUAAUGUACUUAAAUUAUUCAAUUUA